CCAAGGACCAGGGAAGGAGAGUUGGAGACCACUUAUUUUAUAAAUCGGUACAUUGCCCUCUACAUGUUAGUUCACAGUAAAAGCUGCCAGUUCUGUUGCGCCCUAUUUAAUGGUCACUACAGAAAUAAUGUAUUUUAAAUGGCGUGUUGAAGUGGACAGGCUCAAGGCAGGGCAGGUUUGCUCCCAGUCUGUUCUCUCUGAUAAGACGUGUUUGUUUACCUUCUCACUCUACUACUUGACUGUGUAACAGUCCCAUAUUUCCUGGUGUCCAUUCCAUUCACUCCAUCGCUGCGAGACAAUGAAGGAUACACACACCCUGCUCAAUCUGCUGCUGCUGCUGCUAGUGUACCUAGCAGGAUCAGCUUUGACCACUGAUGGAGGGAGUGGCAGUAUCAAUGGUCCCUUGGAACUAACCAUAGUGGGACCUGAUUUUGUUAAAGUGGGCGUGCCACGCAGUUUUGACUGUGCCGCCCAGUGCUCUCCCUCCUGCAGCUACAGAAUGAGUAUCUACGGACAGAUUUGGCAGGGCAACAAGCUGUUGUUCACAGCUCGCCAAUGGGAGGAGUCCCUAAACCUUACAUGCACUGCAAGGAAUGAUGACUCUGGGAGGUCCUCGACAGUAUCAAAGAUACUCCAGGUUUUAGCUGGACCAACCAACGUAUCGAUCACAGGCCCUGCCCUGAUGACCCCAGGGGCCCCUCAAAGCUUCCAGUGUAAUGCAGACUGCCGUCCCUCCUGCAACUACACCUGGGGGAUAAAGGGCCGAUGGCUCGGGGGGCAGGGGAGUGAGAUUACCGUAACUCCUGAAGAGUUAGCCACCUCUGUUACCCUGAACUGCAAGGCCAUCAACAGUGUGUCUGGGCUCUAUGCCAUGGCAACCAGGAAAAUACCUGUGACAUCUGGUCCAUCAGAGGUCCACAUCAUAGGCCCAGAAUCUGUUGCAGUCGGCUUCAAGUCCAUGUUUCAGUGCAUUGCCAAAUGCACUCCCGCUUGUGACUACCGCUGGACCAUUGAUGGUCACACUGUCCACGGCAGUGAGAUGGAGAUGACGGUCGAGCAACAUGUGAAGUCAGAGAAGAUUAUGUGCCACGCUCAGAAUACGAUCUCAACUCAUUUUGAGGUGGUCACCAAGACCGUACGGGUGGAAGAUACAACAGAAAUCUCAUGAUCAUACAUUUUAGCCACUACCUUCAUUUUAGGAGACUAAAUCUUGAACUGAUGUAUAUGGUCUUUAUGAUGCUGUCAUAAACAUUAUUUGACCUAA